AUGGUUCAGCUUUCUCAGGCUCUUGCAGCCAUUCUUUUGGCUACGGGCAUUGUCGCACACCCCGGUGGAAACACCAACAGAGAGAUCCUAAGGAGGCAGGCUCAUCUUGACCACCCCAACCGCCGAAGCAUUCAGUCAUGCAAACGGGAUCUUGUUGCAAGUGGGUGGGUACGAGAGCAGCAUCAGAGGCGUGAGGCUAGGCUCCACGAGCUUCGAGUCGCUGCUGGAUUUGCAAAGGCGCAUGAGCUGGUUCGUCGUGACCCUGCUGAGGUCGAAGCAAACUAUGGUGUCGAGGCGGCCUGCACGCUUGAUCCUGAAUCUACUGAGGGACCAUACUGGGUCAGUGGAGAGCUUAUCCGAGAAGACCUUCUGACCGGCGAGAAGGGCGCCAUUACCCACUUGGACGUCAACAUUAUCGAUACUUCGGGCUGCAAGCCCGUCACUGAUGCAUACGUUGAACUUUGGGGUAGCAACGCCACUGGUGUCUACACCGGUGUACAGGCGAAGGGGAAUGGUGAUGGCUCUGCCACUGCCAUCAAGACGAAUGCGCUCCGCGGUCUACAGCUCACUGGCUCCAAUGGCACCGCUAAAUUCAUCACCGUCAUCCCUGGGCAUUAUGUUGGCCGUACAAACCAUCUCCACACCAUCGUCCAUCAUGGCGCCAAGCUUCUACCCAAUAACACCAUCCAAGGCGGUACCAUCUCACAUGUUGGCCAGUUCUACAUCGAUCAGAAUUUUCUCGGCCAGGUCGAAAAGACCUCCCCAUACAACGUCAACAAGCAAGCCGUCACCACCAAUUCCGCAGACCCGCUUUUCAAUAUGGCAAAGCAGGGUGGAGAUGAUCCCGUCUUGAAGAUCUCACUCAUCGGCAACAAGAUAGAGGACGGUCUAUAUGCGACAAUCGAUGUUGGUGUCAACCCGAAGGCGAGGCAAAAUCCUCAGGCAGUCAAUGCGUGGACGGCGAACGGUGGCGUUCCCAUACCGAAUAGUCCAUGGGCGGGGUACCCAGACAGCUGUCGCUACUGUGGAUUCAGGCCACCGAAGGAGAAGAAGGAUGUGCUUGUUGAGGAAUAG